ACUAAUGGCGGACAAGGGGGAAGAAAGUCAUUCGCAAAGAUCGAGCAAGCAUUCUAAAGAAUCAGCUCGAAAGGAGUCAAGGAAACAUAGAAAAAGAAGUCGAAGUUCUGAAUCAGGCUCUGAUAGUUCAGGAUCGUCGCGCAGUUCCAUCAGCCCAGCAAGGAAAAAAUCUAGAACCUCUAAAUUGAAGAAAAGAAAGCCAAGGAAAAGUCCAUCGACAGAAACAGACAGAAGUGGUGAUUCUACUGACUCAGAGAAAAGAAAGAAAAGACACAGGAGGAAAGAAGACAGGAGAAAACAGGGCAAGAAAACAAGGAAAAAGAAAGAGAAAACAAGAAAAAAAAAAAUCAAGUCAAAGACAGCUGUCAAUCAAGACAAGUAUGGCAAAUAUGGAAUCUUGGUGGAAAGUGACAUUUUCAACAAACAACAAGAAUUUUACUUGUGGCUUCAAGAAGUCAAGAAAGUAAACCCUGAAGUGUUUCCCAGAUCUGAAAUGAAAAAAAUGUUUGAAACAUUUGCAGAGGACUAUAACACUGUAACACUACCACAUAAAAAAUUUUAUGACCUGGAAAAGUGGGAAGCCAAACAGAGGAAAAAAGGAAGGCUUAAGGCUCUGAAGAAAGCACAAAAGCAACAGGUUUCAAUUGAAAAUGAUGAACUCAGGCAUAAAUCACUUCACUCUGGACCAACAAGACCUGGAAUGAGCAAAGCAGAUUUACUUGAAAUGCAGCGAGUUAUGAGAGAAAGACAACAGGAGGAUUACAAGAAAAAGGCUGGCAUGAAACUUGAUGAAACUAAGGGUGUGAGAUAUCACACAAUGAAUCCAUAACUUUUUACUUGAAUUAACAAAAUUUUUACCCUUUCCCAUCUGACCGUGCCAUAUGGCACUCACAUAUACCACCCCUCAAAUAAACAUUAUAUGUUCCAUAUACACUUUUUAUGGCUUUAUUCUUGGAGGUAUUCCUAGAGGUUGCCAAAAUAUUUUUUGUCUUUAUUUCCAUGCUAAUUUUGAUUUUAUUAAGUACAAUACCAUUGAAAAUAAUUAUUCUAACAUUGUACUAGAAUGUAAUGUACAAUUCAUUACUGGAUAAACAUAAAAGCAAAAAUAUGCAACAACUCUCUUCACUGGCAAACAUUUUGUAAUGCACAAUGAAAAUAACCUCAAGCUUGUUAUCUGUUUAUAACUAUAUUUAUAUGGUGAAAUGAAAUGGUCAAAAAACUAUCUAUUUCCUUCAGAAAGUAAAGUUUUUUUCUUAUCUCAUGUUUUGGUUUUUUAAUUACACUCCAACUUCAUGUGUUUUUACACAGCUCUUCACAUCCUGGAUUUUGUCACUUUGGGUGUUGCUGUCUUUGACUAGCUUGAAUUGAAAGCAAACUAUUUCAAAAUGCUUUCCUUUUAUAUUUAUUCUACUUUUCAACUGAUCAAUAUAUUCAUUAUAUUGAGUCACUGUUCUGCCUUAAUUUAUGAAGUAGGCUGAUUGUCCAAGGUUGAGCAGUCCUGAAAAGGAUUGUUGCCAGUAGAAAUGACUGAUAUUUAAACAAACUGAGUUGAAGUUGCUCUGAGCACAAGUGAAUUUGAUAAUGACUUCCUCGUCAGCAUGCAAACAUCAUCACUACAACUGUCAACAGUCCUUAUCAGGACUACUCCCACCUGGACAAUCAGACUGAAAGAACAACAGCUACUCCUGGGUUCAAAGCUCUCACUGCUCUUUUUUUAAGACUCUUAAAACAAAUGCAAUAAAAUUGUGAUCGUAAAACAUAAA